AUGAGCACCAGCGAGGCCGGCGCCGCCGCGACCGUGAUCCCCAUCGACGACGUGGCCCACCACCACGGCAAGGCCCCGGCCGUAGCCACGGCGCCUCCUCCUCCCGCUGCAGCAGCAUCGUCAGUGGCGGUACCCGCAGCGGCGACGACGACGGCGCCUCGGAAGACGGGCGUCCCGUUCUUCCGGCGCGCCGACCGCGGCAGCCGGUGUGUGGCGCUCCUCGACUUCGUGCUGAGGGUCGCUGCCUUCGGGCCCGCCCUCGCCGCCGCCAUCGCCACGGGCACCUCCGACGAGACGCUCUCCGUCUUCACCCAGUUCUUCCAGUUCCACGCCCGCUUCGACGACUUCCCGGCGCUCCUGUUCUUCAUGGUGUCCAACGCGAUCGCGGCAGGGUACCUGGUGCUGUCCCUCCCCUUCUCCGCCGUCAUCGUCCUCCGGCCACAGGCCAUCGGCUUGCGCCACCUCCUGCUCGUCUGCGACAUGAUCAUAGCGGCGCUGCUGACGGCCGCUGCUGCUGCGGCGGCGGCGAUCGUGGACCUGGCGCACUCGGGGAACCUGCGCGCCAACUGGGUGCCCAUCUGCAUGCAGUUCCACGGUUUCUGCCAGCGCACCAGCGGCGCCGUCGUGGCAUCCUUCCUCGCCGUGCUCGUCCUCUUAUUCCUCGUCAUCUUGGCCGCCUUCGCCAUCAGGAAACGCUGA